ACUAUGUGAUGCAUGUGUUUAUGUUACUGUUCUAGGUUAGUGGAACAGUUGAGCCAAAGAGACGCCGUUAUGCAUCUUUAAAAUCGUUGUUUUCUGACACCGUUUUCUGAUAGUGACGGCUCAAUUGGAUACCAAAAAGGCCAGAAUAAGUCUACCUGUGUUACUGUGUUGCCAUGGAGAAGGCUUGGAGGGUGGAGUUUAGGAACGUGGGUAGUAGCUACUUCCCUCAGAGCCGCGUGGAGUGCCACUACAGUGUCAGCUCACAACAUACCUGGGCCAGCCAUGACUGGGUCGGACUCUUCAAGGUGGGAUGGUCGUCAGUGAAGGACUACCACACCUUUGUCUGGGCCCUGGCGCCGGCAGGCUACCAGGAGGGCACAGAUGUCAACUGCUGUGUCCAUUUCCAGGCCUCCUACCUGCCCAAGCCCAGUUCCCAACAGUACCAGUUUGUGUACGUGGAUGGGAAGGGAGAGGUGUGCUCUGCCAGCCCCCAGUUUACCUUCAGUGCCCCCAAGCCUCUGGAAGACCUGGUCACCCUGGAGGAAGGAGCCCACGGAGAGGAGGGAGGGACUGACAUGCUGCUGGUUGUACCCAGGGCUGAGCUACUGCAGAGUCGCCUGCAAGAGUGUCUGCGUGAGCGGGCUGAAUUGAUCCAUGCGCGGGAUGGGGCAGAAAGGAUGAAGCAGAGAGAGAAGGAGAAGUACGGGAAGGCGAGAGAGGCUUGGGACAGAGGACGUGAGCAGCUGCAGAGGAACAUCUCUGAGCUGAAGGAAGAGCUGCAAGAGAGCAGAGACAGGAUGGACGAGAUGGAGAGGAGGCAGGAGCAGGUGGAGGCGUCAGGGAAGGCCUUGGCUCAGGAGAAGAGUUCCAUACUGGCCAAGAAAGCAGCCAACAAACAGCGAAUCAGAAAGCUGGAGGAUGACAUUAAAGCGCUAACUCUGAAAGCUGUGGAACGAGAGACUGAGCUGGAGAGGAUGAAGGAGAGGGACAAAAAGCAAGCAGUUCAAAUGAUGGAGGAUGAGAAAGAGAGGAAAGUUCUGCAGCUCAAGCUGGAGCAGACCGAGGGGGAACUGCAGAGCCUGUCUGCUGAGUUCCAGGGUCUGAGGAGCUCCCUGGCCCAGAGAGACACACAUGCCCUGCAGCUACGGGAUACCAUCACCACCCUCACACACAGACUCAACAUGGCACAGAGGAAAGAGGCGGAGAGCGAGGCCUCCCUGGCUGAGAUGUGGGGCCUGCGGGAGUGUCAGGGGGCCAGCGAGCGUGGUGCUGAGGGCCUGAAGGAAGAGCUGUGUGCUCUGGUGGCCCAGAGGGACCAGGGCCAGGCAGAGCUGCACCAGGCCAGGCUCCAGGCGGCACAGCUCACCCUGCAGCUAGCUGACGCCAACCUGACUCUGAGGGAGGGCAGAGCACACUGGGCCCAGGAGAGACAGAGCCUGCAGCAUACCACUUCGAAGGACAGAGAGCGUCUGGAGAAGCUGAAUGGAGAGAUGCAGCGGAUUGAGGAGAAGCUUCAGGAGGAGAGGAUGGAGAGAGAGAAGGUGGAAGUAGAGCUGGGAAGAGAGAAGGACUGUAACCGGGUGCAGCUGAGUGAGACACGCAGGGAGCUCCAGGAGCUGAAGGCCAGUCUGAGGGUGGCCCAGAAGGAGAAGGAAGAGCUGCUGCUGGAGAAACAGGACCUGAUGGAGUACAUGUGUCAGGUGGAACAGAGGAUGGAGGCUGUGGCAGACGCCAGGUGGAGCGCUGCAGUGUUCGCCCCCACCAGUCUCCCUGACAGUUCUCUGUCUGACUCUGAGGAUAAAAACCCUGAGGCCCUGCAGCCCCCUCGCCAGCCCUCUCUGUCCUCCCGCCCUCUGGCCCAUUACAGCCUGUGUGACCCCCAGGCCCAGCCUGACUCCCUGCUCCCCUCCACCCCCCCUUCCUCCCCCAGGGAUAUGUCACGGCCCCUCUCCCGAGGGGGCGUAGUCAUCAGCCAGCCCGCCCCCCUUUCGUUGCCAAGGCAAUCAGGAGAUACCCUGACACACAGCUCUGAUUCGGAGGAGGAGGGUGACACAGCCCUAUGUGGAGGACACAGCUCUGGAGACGAGACAGCUCUGCUGCUGCCUGAGACCACUGUCCUCAGUGACCUGGCUGAUACCUCUCAGUGGUAGAAUGGCGAUGCAGGAUCAGAUCUACACCAGCACUGGCUGUUUGGCCAUUCAGCACACAAGCACACACACUACAACUCACCUCUACUCUUGACAAACUAUGUUAAUAUGCAAUUUGCUUUUACAUUUUAUAUGAACUCUUUGUUUGAUGUAUGACUAUAAGGCUGUUGUGUUGCCCCCAUUAUACUUAACCUGGUGUUAAGAAUGACAUAAUACCUGUCGUAAUAGCUGAAAUCGUAGUUACGACCUGACAUUGGACUGUUAUAAAGUGUAAAACAUUUGACAUUUUAAAGGGUUAAUUCGAUUUGAAAUAGUAAUGUUUUAUAACAGGGUUAUUUCAGUUGCAGGAGGAGUUGAUGUUGUGAGCUUUAUGGAUUGUGUCACUUUAUGAGACAUCAUGACUGGUCACUAAUUAACAUAAGUCAGUUAUUGAAGGCUCCCUCUCUGAUUUCAGUCGAGCCAGAAACAAAUACUGUAUAAUUGUUUCAACGUCUCGUCUCCUAGAAAAGAACGAUGAAAAACAUUGCAUUUAUUUGUUACAGUAUAUUCAUAGUAGUCUGGUUGAGUCAGUCUGGUUGAUUAGGCUGCAUUCACAGUUCUCUCCAUUUCAAAUCUAAAAGUUGCUUUUAAUUUUUCUGUCUGCGCAGCAAACUUUUACCUCUUCAGAAUACUGUAAUUAUAGUUAUUGAAACACACUACAACUAUAUUAGAAGAAUAAUUGUAAAGUACUGACACAUAACAUGAUUUUCCUCAUAUUCAAACCUAAGAUUUUAUAUUAUAAGCACUUUCUGUUCUUCAUUAUUAUUUGAUUCUUGCUUUAUUAAUGCUGUCCUAGUGCUAGUUGAGAGGAUAAUUACAGACAGAGAAGCAUCUGAAAUGGGGAAAACGGUUGGGGGAAGUUUGGUUAUAGAGAGAUUAAUCAAGAUGAAUGGUAGAGCAGAAUGGUAGUUAGAGUGGUCGGAGUGACAUUUUAAUGUUCUCUCAUGUUUUUAUUAAUCUCAUAAUAUAUUCUAUCCUCAUCUACAUAAAGCUAUUGCUCCUGCAGGCUGGUAGCUGUAGAGUCCCUGCAAUAAGAGCAUACAUCAUACCACAUUUGAACCUUAAAUCAGUGUUUGGUUUUAAAGCUAAAUCAAUGUAUUUGUUAUAGAAGAAGUAUUUCUAGAUGAUCAGUUUUAUUAGACUAGACGUACUGUACAUGGUUAUGCUUAAAGCUCUGCUUUAGAGUGAUGCAGUUCUACAUUUGUGCCUAAAUAACAAAUUGGGAAAUGAAUAGUCUCUUCUUCAGCCAAGCAUCAUCAGUCUGGCAAACAAGACUUGUAAACUAAGGAAUCUCAUGAUAACAUAAUGUAAUAUAUAGAUACAGAUGUUACAAGACUUGUAAACUAAGGAAUCUCAUGAUAACAUAAUGUAAUAUAUAGAUACAGAUGUUACAAGACUUGUAAACUAAGGAAUCUCAUGAUAACAUAAUGUAAUAUAUAGAUACAGAUGUUACAAGACUUGUAAACUAAGGAAUCUCAUGAUAACAUAAUGUAAUUUAUAGAUACAGAUGUUACAAGACUUGUAAACUAAGGAAUCUCAUGAUAACAUAAUGUAAUUUAUAGAUACAGAUGUUACAAGACUUGUAAACUAAGGAAUCUCAUGAUAACAUAAUGUAAUAUAUAGAUACAGAUGUUACAAGACUUGUAAACUAAGGAAUCUCAUGAUAACAUAAUGUAAUUUAUAGAUACAGAUGUUACAAGACUUGUAAACUAAGGAAUCUCAUGAUAACAUAAUGUAAUUUAUAGAUACAGAUGUUACAAGACUUGUAAACUAAGGAAUCUCAUGAUAACAUAAUGUAAUUUAUAGAUACAGAUGUUACAAGACUUGUAAACUAAGGAAUCUCAUGAUAACAUAAUAUAAUAUAUAGAUACAGAUGUUACAAGACUUGUAAACUAAGGAAUCUCAUGAUAACAUAAUGUAAUUUAUAGAUACAGAUGUUACAAGACUUGUAAACUAAGGAAUCUCAUGAUAACAUAAUGUAAUUUAUAGAUACAGAUGUUACAAGACUUGUAAACUAAGGAAUCUCAUGAUAACAUAAUGUAAUAUAUAGAUACAGAUGUUACAAGACUUGUAAACUAAGGAAUCUCAUGAUAACAUAAUGUAAUUUAUAGAUACAGAUGUUACAAGACUUGUAAACUAAGGAAUCUCAUGAUAACAUAAUGUAAUUUAUAGAUACAGAUGUUACAAGACUUGUAAACUAAGGAAUCUCAUGA